AGCCUGAGCUUCCUUCCCCUUUCAAAACAGUGAGCCGAAGGGGAGUCCUGCCACACAUUGUCCUCAUGAGCGUAUAAACACAGCUGCCGAUUGCGUUUUGGGCCGCCACAGGACACACAGAAUAAGAUCCAAAACGGACUAUCCUCAAGCUACUGGACUGUCAACAUCGUACAUUCAAUUAGGUGAGAAGUCAGACAAUAUGGACAAACUUCUUGCGGAGGAGGGGCUAAUUUGCUAUAAAACUUGACAUGAUAUCAGCACAAGAAGGCAGGGCCAAGCCUCCUCUUCCCUGUGACUACUGAGGAAACCAAAGCAUCAGCCUCCCUCUUUUUUGCACAUGGACCACCCUCUAGUGUUCUCCUACCGGGCCGGGUCGGCUGGGAGCAGGCCUUCAUUCUCAAUGAGAGCAAAGACUCAGGGAGCGUCAGGAGAGCAUGGAGGGUAGGACAACUCCACGCAAAUAAGAUCUGGAUCCUUCAACCAGCUUCUACUGGACCGCUGACAACCAAGAGAGAAAUAUUUGUUUAUGUUGAUAAAUCAAGAAAGAAAGAACAAUGGGACCUGGAAUGUGGAGCUUCUUUACUUUGUUUGGUCUGUCUCUCUGGAGCACCAGUGAAGCGCUCAUUCCAAAUCCCCUCCUCUCCCGGGCACGAAGAGCUCCAGAGGCCAACGGAGACAACUCGAGGUGCUCUUACACCUUCCUAGUUCCGGAGCAGAAGAUCACAGGCCCCAUCUGUGCAGCCAGUGGUCCCGUCCCAGACAGAGACCGGGUGACUCGCCUCGAUGUGGCGGCGGUGCGUGAUCUUCUCUCAAAGCAAAGGAGGGAGAUGGAGACGCUAAAACUAGUAGUGGAUGUAGACGGCAACCUGGUGAAUGAGAUGAAGCUGCUGAGAAAAGAGAGCAGGAACAUGAAUUCCAGGGUAACCCAGCUCUACAUGCAGCUGCUGCACGAAAUCAUCAGGAAGAGGGACAACUCAUUAGAGCUGGCUCAGUUGGAGACACGGAUCCUUAAUGCCACCGCAGAGUCGCUGCGACUGACCUCUCGUUACAAGGAACUGGAGGCCAAAUACGCUGCCCUCUCGGCAAUGGUGAACAACCAGUCGGUGGUGAUUGGCGCUCUGGAAGAAAGUUGCAUGAAGAUGCAGGAUCGCAGACAAGAGCCGCCACCGCUGGGCCCUCCAAUGGUGCACGUGGUGCCUGAGAACAUUCCGGUUAACGUCCCACGUAUUACCAACGAGAUCCGAGGGGACAAUAGCGGAGGAUUCGUCCGUGAAAGGGGUUCUCGCUCUGGGCCGUCACCAACCGACGGUACUCUGGAAGUUCAGAAACAUCCUCAGACUAACUUUAGUGCUGAAGCUGCAGGUGGUCUGGUGGCCCCAUUUUCAAAGGUUAAAGAUCUGCAAAUUCAGCUACAGUUGGACUACUUGCUCAACAGAAAGCGUCCAUUCCGAGACUGCCUGGAGGCUCAAGAGGCCGGCCACGUCACCAGCGGCAUGUACCUGAUCAAACCUGACGAGGCGGAGAAGUCCAUGCAGGUCUGGUGUGAACAAGACAUGGACAACGGAGGCUGGACUGUGAUUCUCAGCAGGAAAGACGGCUCUGUUAACUUCUUCAGGAACUGGGAAAAUUACAAGAGCGGAUUUGGCAACACAGAUGGGGAGUACUGGCUCGGUCUGGAGGGUAUUUACAAGCUGGGACGUCAGGGCGAUUACAAGCUUCAGGUGGAACUAGAGGACUGGAUGGAUAAGAAGGUGUAUGCUCAGUACAGUAGCUUCCACCUGGAGCCUGAGAGCGAGGGCUACCGUCUGAGAUUGGGCACAUAUCGAGGCAAUGCUGGCGACUCCCUCAGCAGCCACAACGGCAAACAAUUCACUACUCUCGAUAGAGACAAGGACGCCUUCUCAGGAAACUGUGCCCAUUUCCACAAAGGAGGAUGGUGGUACAACGCUUGCGGCCAAGCCAAUCUGAAUGGCGUAUGGUACAGCGGAGGUGUCUACAGAAGCAAAUUCCAGGAUGGGAUCUUUUGGGCAGAUUACGGCGGAGGCUUCUACUCAAUGAAGUCGGUCCGCCUGAUGAUUCGGCCCAUUGACGGAUAAGACACUGGACUCAGCUGGUCCACACCAGAAACUUGAAACGCAUUUCAAAGUGUGACUUUAAAAAUCAUGGAUAAAGAUCAACAUCUUUAGUGGAUAGCAAGCCCUCCUUUUACAGAUCGGACUGCUCUGUUUAUAUGUACAUGCAUAUUAUAGAAGCAUAAAUUGAGAGAUUAGGGUGUAUUUAUAAAAUGUAGCAUUACUCUAAGCAAUAUUAUAUAAAUAUACAUUGGGGAAGGAAAAUUAGCAACUGCAGGUGCAGUUGAAUUAAUGUUAUACAAUUAGAUAAUCCAACAAGUCUGUGUAAUUUGUUUUCCUUAUUCCUGCUACAUCGAAAGAGGAGGUGUAAGGAUUAACAUCUUAAUGUACAGUAGCUCUUCCUACCUCACUGCCAAUAUAUACAUCUGAAGGAAACAUACAUUUAGGGUGUUUAACUUGUGCAUUAGAUCCUGGAAACUGGAAAAAUGUAGUUUCAAGUUUCCUUUUGACUCACCGCUUCUGAAAUCAAGGAAAUCCUUUUCAUUUUUUGAUUUUCUCUAAACACUUAAAACGACCUUGGUGCGAUAUAUUUAACUACUUUGAGCAGCAGCAGUAAUUUAUAUGUACAAUUAACUUAUCAUAACAAUGAAAAGGACCCGGUGUCCUAAAGGAAAGGAUGUAUAUCAAUAUAUUUUGUUCUCACAUAUGGAUGUGUCUUGCUUAUUUUAAUCAUUCAUUUGUGGAACUAUGUGUUGUUUAGCAGGAUUAGAAGUUACAGGCACUUAAGACAAACAAGGGGAAACACAUUUUGCAAAGCCUAACAUGAACAAAUGAGAAAAGGAGCACAUAUACAGAUGGAAUCAGUCCAGAUUCCAGUCAUUCUCACUUACUCCUUUUUAAAUACACAGACAUUUACAUUCUUUCCACAUAAAAUUUUUUAACUAUGUUUUCUUUCAUCGACAAAGUCACAGAUCAGUAUGCAGUAUACGCACUGAUAAGAAAGUAAAGUGUGUAUUCUCCUUGAGGAACAGAGCCUUUAAACUGGUUGGUCUUUAACAACACAAUGAAGACAGCCAUUGGUCGGUAAAUAGAAAUACAACUGUCUUGCUGUUUGAUCGCAUCGGCUUUCGCACUUGUCAGUUUACAGCCAGCCUAUCAGUUCAAGCCUCUCAGAGUAAGAGUUCAAAUAACUCAUUGGCUGAAUGAUCUCUGUCUGCACCUCCACUUCAAACGAAUUGUACAGUCAAGCAGCCAGAGUUAAAUGCAAAUUUGGAUUAGACUUGGUACAAUAUGAUGUUUCUUAAAUUUGUGAUCUUCUGUUUCCUGUCAUCAAGCCAUUAAGUAAAGCACAGUCAGAGUUGUUGUUUUAUUCUUUGGUGAAAUGACUUGCACAUUCUAAAUUUAUCUGAUGGAUGUGAAUUGUACAGAUCCAUGGUUGUUUUUAAUCUAGCGGAAGAAACAGAUUUUCUUAAUGGAACGGAAGAAACAGAUUAUCUUAAUGGAAAUAAGUUGUCAAAGCAGUGUUCUGGAACAUUCUGUACUUGACUGAUAUUAAAAAUGCAGAGUUCUGUUUAACUCUCA